GCCAGAGCCGGCGCAGAGGAAGCGCCCGCGGCCCCGGGCGCCUAAGCGGCCGCCUCCUCCCGCGCCUCCCGGGCCCGCAACCCGCGGUCCCGCGGCCCCGGGCCGGCACUUCUCGGGCUCCGGCUCCCCGCGCGCAAGAUGGCUGACCCGGCCGUGGGGCCGCCGCCGAGCGAGGGCGAGGAGAGCACCGUGCGCUUCGCCCGCAAAGGCGCCCUCCGGCAGAAGAACGUGCACGAGGUGAAGAACCACAAAUUCACCGCCCGCUUCUUCAAGCAGCCCACCUUCUGCAGCCACUGCACCGACUUCAUCUGGGGCUUCGGGAAGCAAGGAUUCCAGUGCCAAGUCUGCUGUUUUGUCGUGCACAAGCGGUGCCAUGAAUUUGUCACCUUCUCCUGCCCGGGCGCUGACAAGGGCCCAGCCUCUGACGACCCCCGGAGCAAACACAAGUUCAAGAUCCACACAUACUCCAGCCCCACGUUUUGUGACCACUGCGGGUCACUGCUCUAUGGACUUAUCCACCAGGGGAUGAAAUGUGACACCUGCAUGAUGAACGUCCACAAGCGCUGCGUGAUGAACGUCCCCAGCCUCUGCGGCACGGACCACACGGAGCGCCGGGGCCGCAUCUACAUCCAAGCCCACAUCGAGAGGGAGGUCCUCAUUGUUGUCGUAAGAGAUGCUAAAAACCUUGUACCUAUGGAUCCUAAUGGCUUGUCAGAUCCUUACGUGAAACUGAAGCUGAUUCCUGAUCCCAAGAGUGAGAGCAAGCAGAAGACCAAGACCAUCAAGUGCUCCCUCAACCCCGAGUGGAAUGAGACAUUUAGAUUCCAGCUGAAAGAGUCGGACAAAGACAGGAGACUGUCUGUAGAGAUUUGGGAUUGGGAUCUGACCAGCAGGAAUGACUUCAUGGGAUCUUUGUCGUUUGGGAUUUCUGAACUGCAGAAAGCUGGUGUUGAUGGCUGGUUUAAGUUACUGAGUCAGGAGGAAGGAGAGUACUUCAACGUGCCCGUGCCCCCGGAAGGCAGUGAGGGCAACGAGGAGCUGCGACAGAAAUUUGAGAGAGCCAAGAUCGGUCCUGGGCCCAAGACCCCUGAAGAAAAGACGACCAACACCAUCUCCAAAUUUGACAACAACGGCAACAGGGACCGGAUGAAACUGACCGAUUUUAACUUCCUGAUGGUGCUGGGAAAAGGCAGCUUUGGCAAGGUCAUGCUCUCAGAGCGAAAAGGCACAGAUGAACUAUAUGCCGUGAAGAUCCUGAAAAAGGACGUGGUCAUCCAAGAUGAUGACGUGGAGUGCACGAUGGUGGAGAAGCGGGUGCUGGCCCUGCCCGGGAAGCCGCCCUUCCUGACCCAGCUGCAUUCCUGCUUCCAGACCAUGGAUCGCCUGUACUUCGUGAUGGAGUAUGUGAACGGCGGUGACCUCAUGUACCACAUCCAGCAAGUGGGCCGGUUCAAGGAGCCUCACGCCGUAUUUUACGCUGCAGAAAUUGCCAUCGGUCUGUUCUUCUUGCAGAGCAAGGGCAUCAUUUACCGCGACCUGAAACUUGACAAUGUGAUGCUGGAUUCCGAGGGCCACAUCAAGAUCGCUGAUUUUGGCAUGUGUAAGGAAAACAUCUGGGACGGGGUGACAACCAAGACCUUCUGUGGCACCCCAGACUACAUCGCCCCCGAGAUAAUUGCUUAUCAGCCCUAUGGGAAGUCCGUGGAUUGGUGGGCAUUUGGCGUCCUGCUAUAUGAGAUGUUGGCUGGGCAGGCACCGUUUGAAGGGGAGGAUGAGGAUGAACUCUUCCAGUCGAUCAUGGAACACAACGUGGCUUAUCCGAAGUCCAUGUCCAAGGAAGCUGUGGCCAUCUGCAAAGGGCUGAUGACCAAACACCCAGGCAAACGUCUGGGUUGUGGACCUGAAGGUGAACGUGACAUCAAAGAGCAUGCGUUUUUCCGGUAUAUUGACUGGGAGAAACUUGAACGCAAAGAGAUUCAGCCCCCAUAUAAGCCGAAAGCCGGCCUGGCACAUAGGAGGUACUCAAGAAGUGUUUCAUGAAUGAGAAAAUGAAUGAACAAUGAAAGGAUCUGGACAGUAAUCCUGAACACACUGUGUUGACCUUGACGGCAAGUUUUGUGUGGACAAAAGUUUUCCCCUGCUGGCCAGCAGAAAAAAACCUGAGUCUUGAUCAUGUGGUUGGGGGUCCCUUAUCGGUACUGAAGCCAAGCUGUCAAAACAGCUGAAACAAUUUAGUUUGGAAUAAACUAAUGUGCUUCUCCAAGUCUGACAUGAGUCUCUAAAAAUGCAAGGCUGUUUCCUUAACGUUUAAAACUUCAGCAUCAUGGAAACACGCCAUCACAGAAAGUGGAUGCUGUCUGGGGGGAAUUGUAGUGGAAAACAAGAACCAACGAUGCUCACAGCUCGGCUGUGUUGGUUGCUUACUCGGUGCCAGGCAUGGUGUCAAUCACACACGGGAUCUCGUUUUAUCCUCAUCAAGACCUCAUUUGAGAAAAAUGAGAGUUGUCUCUACUGUACAAAAGAGGAAACUGAGGCUUGAAGGGAGUUGGCCAGGGUGGCACACCUAGGGGGCAGUGAUGUCAGGAUUUGAACUAUGUCACCCUUACCCCACACUCUAUGUGGUCAGUCACCAGCCCAGCAACAUGGCACCGGGAGCUUGGACUCUGAUGACAGACAAACCUGGCUGAUACAGUAGCGCUGCUAUUCGUUAGCAGUGGGACCCUGAACAAAUUACAUCACCUCCUUGGCUUCAGUCUCCUCAUCCAUACAAUAGGGAUGGCCGUUAAUACCCACUUCAUAGGGUCUUUGGGAGGAUGAAAUAAAAGGAAUACAAAGAAACAGCAUUCUAGUGUGCCUGGAACUUACCAAAUGCAUAAUAAACAUUAACUGUCAUAAAUAUUAGUAUCUUCCCAAGUGGCUCAGUGGUAAAGUAUCCUCCUGCCAAUGCAGGAGCCGCAGGAGACUCGGGUUCAAUUCCUGGGUGGGGAAGAUCCCCUGGAGAAGGAAAUGGCAGCCCACUCCAUUAUUCUUGCCGGGAUAAUCCCAUGAACAGAGGAGCCUGGUGGGCUACAAUCCAUGGGGUUGCAAAGAGUCAGACAGGACUGAGCGACCGAGCAUGCAUACACAUCGCAAUUGUCAUUACUACCACUACGUUAUCAGGCUGUGGUUGCCUCCUGUAGAUACUGACAUACUUAGAGAUUUCAUGCAAAUGGGUUUGCUGGUGAAGAGGGAAGAUCAGGCCUAGUGACUCAGCUCUUCUCAUUAGAUGGGAACUGGUGUGUGCAUGAGUAUGUACUCACGCAUGAGUGAACAUAUGUAACACACACACACACACACACACACACACACACACACACACACACGUGUUAUCACUCUGCCUCAGACCAGGACCUUCAACAGAAUGCAUGAGAAAUGGUGGUGAUUUCUUCUUGAGAGCUUGGGGAGAUCACCAUCUAGAGGGAGAAUGGCCACAUUUCCUUCCUGGUACCUUGUAAUUAAGGGUCAAUGACUUCUCCCUCCAACCAGGGCCUCGUGGUGGCCCCGCCAUUGCAGGCACCAAACCCAGGUCUUGAUGUUUCUCUCCAUUAACUGGAGUGUGUAAACUCUUGUAUCUGUGGAGUAGAAGAAUGUCUCCAGAGAUGUCUGAGAGCCAAAGGACAGCGCUUUAAGGGACCUGCUGCUUAAUAUUGGCAAUCUCAAAGGUGAAGUAUAAACAGGUAGUUACUUCAAAUCUUGUACCACAAAAGAUAUCUCAGGGACCUUAAUCCCAUCUCCUUCAGGAACGAGCUUGGCCAACUCCUUGGGGUGGAGUUGGGAGAACAUGCCACAUGCCACCAGCCCCACUAUCCCACGCUGCCAUCCAGCUCCUGACUGCCCAGAAGGACACCACGGGCAGCUCAGGAGCUACAGGAACUGAAGGUCGGGAGGCAGGGUCACCUGCCAAUCUGUGGUCAUGAGAAUUUUGCAUUUUAUGUUGCUCUCAUUUCUGAUCAUCGAAACAAUCUCUCCGAGGGAGUGAAAGGGAAGGGCUUGGAGAAGCCGCACCCAGUUUCACUUGGUUCUGUUCUGUUUCCAGUUUCGUUUCAUUUAUUUUUUCCACCCACCACAAAUUCUUCU